AAAAAUGAAUCAGUGGAAAACAGAAAUGGAUAUGCAACUAGGAGUUGAAAAUAUGAAGGUCUUAAUUGGCUUGGUUGAACGUAUUACGCUCUUAAGGUGCUGGUUAGAAACACGUAUUAAUCAAGAAUUGGUUAAUCUAGAUCCAGAAGAACAAGCAGAAUGUGUGGAAUUUGAACAGAAGUGUGACAAAGAAUUAGAUCAAAUGCUGAAAAUUAUGCGUGAAUCCGUUAUUGUUUAUAUGACAAAUGUCUAA